AAGCGGAUGUACGGCGCACACCGGCAGAUUAGCUCUACUCAGCGCUCCUUAUUAGUCCCUCAACUGGCCUUGAUCGUUCCUACCGGAUCGUUUUUUUGCUCAUUUUUCCCUUAGGCAUAUCGUCUCUUGUUUUUUGCCGUGCUUCCACGUAUCGUGUGCUGCUUUGACAAGUCCUCAAGGAAUGCCCAGAGAGCUGACCCAGAACAAGAUCCAAAAGAUCUGGGUUCCUACCAAGGAUGAUAAACCGGCACCCAGUAGAGUGGGUGGUGUCCCCCACAUGGCCAACCCCCCAACCGUCAUCGUGAUGGUGGGCCUGCCAGCUCGGGGCAAGACGUACAUAUCCAGGAAACUCACGCGCUACCUCAACUGGAUUGGAAAGCCCACCAAAGUCUUCAACGUGGGGGAGUACCGCAGAGAGGCGGUCAAGAACUACAGCUCCUAUGAUUUCUUCAAGCCUGACAACGAGUCCGCUGUCAAGAUCAGGGAACAAUGUGCCUUAGCAGCCUUGAGGGAUGUCAAGUCCUACUUGCAGGACGAAGGAGGCCAAGUAGCGGUCUUCGACGCGACAAACACGACGAGGGACAGACGCAAUCUGAUUCUCCAGUUUGGCCGUGAGAACGCCUUCAGAAUCUUUUUUAUCGAGUCCGUCUGCGAUGAUCCAAGUGUCAUUGCGUCAAACAUCAUGGAAGUCAAAGUGUCCUGUCCGGAUUACAAAGACUGCAACAAGACUGAUGCCAUGAUGGAUUUCCAAAGGAGGAUUGAAUGUUACAAAGCUAGCUACCAACCUCUGGACCCUGAUCAGCACGACAGGGAGCUUUCCUUCAUCAAGGUGAUUGACGUGGGCCGUCGAUUCCUGGUCAACCGCAUCCAGGAUCACACCCAGAGCAAGAUCGUCUACUACCUGAUGAACAUCCACGUUCAGCCGCGCACCAUCUACUUGUGUCGACACGGAGAGAGCAUGGACAACCUGGAGGGUCGACUGGGCGGCGACGCCGGACUCUCGCCGAGGGGCCGACAGUUUUCUGCAGCCUUGGCUGGGUUCGUUAAGGACCAGCAACUGAAAGAUCUCAAGGUCUGGACCAGCCAGUUGUGCUGCAGCAUCCAAACGGCCGAGCACCUGGGGGCCCCGUAUGAGCAGUGGAAGGCCCUCAAUGAAAUUGACGCAGGCCUGUGUGAGGACAUGACGUAUGAUGAGAUUAAAGAGAAAUUCCCUGAGGAGUUUGCCUUGAGAGAUGAGGAUAAAUACUACUACCGCUACCCUGCCGGAGAGUCCUACCAGGAUCUGGUUCAGAGGGUGGAGCCGGUCAUCAUGGAGUUGGAGAGGCAAGAGAAUGUGCUGGUUAUCUGCCACCAAGCCGUCAUGCGUUGCCUUCUGGCUUACUUCCUGGAUAAAAGUGCAGAUGAAAUGCCCUACUUGAAGUGUCCGCUUCAUACCGUGCUGAAGCUCACCCCUGUGGCCUACGGGUGCAAAGUGGAGUCCAUCUCUUUCAAUGUGGAGGCAGUCAACACUCACAGAGACAGACCAGAGGAGGUUAAAAAAGGUCCUGGCAGCUUGAUCCGAAGGAACAGCGUGACCCCGCUAACCACCCCCGAAACGAACAUCAAGAAACCUCGCAUCGACGACCUGGACGAGGCCCCCGUUCAGGAACUGCCCCGUUCGGUGGCUUCGUUGGCGCUCUGCGGACCCUCGCACGUGAUGCUAGCCGGCCAGCACUGGCUGGGCAAAGUUUGCCUAACCUGAGGAGACACUGCUGAAAACAGCUUAUCCCGCCUCCUUCACGGAAUGACUCGACACAAUGAAAGUUCUUCUACAAACCAAAAGGACAACCUUUGUUUCCCCCCUCUCAAAUUAGCGUGCCCUAAUUCUUCCAAAAAUGAGUGGGGUUUUCAUUUCCGUAUUUUAUCCAUCCAAAGAUGUCAAGACAAAGCAAAAAUCAUCUUAAAUUUCAUGCCUUCUUACAAGUGGGACUUGGGAUUUUGCAAGAAAACUUCAUCGGAUUUGAUUGAUUUUACACUGGAUUUGUGGGUGUUUUUUCACCUAUGUGUCAAGGCGGCGCCAAAUUGUUGAACUGACUUCUUAUGCACUUUCGGGAUGCAUUAUAUUUUUUUGUGUCAAUGUGCUUCAAUACAAAAUGCUUCACUGUAACGGAGGAAGGAGUUCUUGCCGUAGAGUGCCUGUAGAUUUCACCUUUUAGCUAUUAUCACAUAUCAUUGGAAUACUGUACGUCACUUUUUACGAAACACGCUGAAUUAAACAGGGUCCCUGUCUAUAAUUUGCUGUCGUUGUCCGCUGCGCACAAAUGUAAGCACCUAUUUUUCUGCUCUCAACAUGUCUGUAAAUAUGACUAUGUACAGUGAGACUGUAAACCUUGGGAAGUGUGAAAUAAAAUAAAUUUUGUCAAGUGAGCAGUUUGUCCAUAGAAAAGCAACUUGACACAUAUUUGUUGGUAUGUUAGUACGCUAUACUUGAAGUGUUUCUUUUUUUGUAAUGUUUAUUUAUUUUUAUGUAGUGUUUUGACACACAGAGGGGUUACUAUGCAGGAAAGGACAGUAUGUUGUACUUGAUUUUGCAUCUGCUGGACCAAUAAAACUAUUUAAGUGUA